GGCGUGCGGCCGCCGCAGCGAGCGCCGGCGGGAGCGGGCUCGGCUCGGCACGGCUCGGCUCGGCUCGGCUCGGCUCGGCUCGGCACGGCUCGGCUCGGCUCGGCUCGGCACGGCACCUCUUGGCUCAGCAUCCCGCUUCAGCUCCUGGUCCCGCACGCCAUGCCCGGCCCAUGCGCAGCGCCGCCGGCUCGGAGCACCUGAGCGGGCGGCGUGGGCACGGGGGACCGCGGCUCCGGUGCCCGCACCCGCCCGCCGUCGCCGGGGCAGCCUGGCGGGCGCUGCCCGCAUGAGGGCGGCGGGCCGCUGAGACGGGCGGCCGGCGGCCGUCGGGGCGCGGCUGGUGGCCGGUGGGGGCAGUGGCGGCGAUGGGGGCUCUCCCGGCGCUGCUGGGGGCCGCCUUGCUGUGGGCCGGCGCCGGGGCCCUCGUCAACCUCAAGUACUCGGUGGAGGAGGAGCAGCGGGCCGGCACGGUGAUCGCCAACGUCGCCAAGGACGCCCGGGACGCCGGUUUUGUGCUGGACCCCCGGCAGCCCACUGCCUUCCGGGUGGUCUCCAACUCGGCCCCCCACCUGGUGGACAUCAGCCCCGGGUCUGGGCUGCUAGUGACCAAACAGAAGAUCGACCGGGACCUGCUGUGCCGGCAGAGCCCCAAGUGUGUCAUCUCACUGGAGGUGAUGUCCAGCUCCAUGGAGAUCUGCGUGAUCAAGUUGGAGAUUAAGGACCUCAACGACAAUGCACCCAGCUUCCCCACUGACCAGAUUGAGCUGGAAAUCUCAGAGACGGCCAGCCCUGGCACCCGGGUGCCACUGGAGAGUGCCUAUGACCCGGACUCGGGCAGCUUUGGUGUACAGAGCUAUGAGAUCACCCCCAACGACCUCUUCGGACUGGAGACCAAGACUCGAGGUGAUGGGUCACGCUUUGCCGAGUUGGUGGUGGAGAAGAGCCUGGACCGUGAGACCCAGUCUCACUACAGCUACGUGAUCACGGCGCUGGAUGGUGGCGACCCGCCCAACUUUGGCACGGUGGAGCUCAGCAUCCGCGUCAUCGACUCCAAUGACAACAACCCGCUCUUCGAGGAGCCGGCCUACACUGUCAGUGUGCCUGAAAACGCUCCACCGGGAACGCCAGUGAUCCGCCUCAAUGCCUCUGACCCAGACGAGGGCACCAAUGGCCAGGUCCUCUACUCCUUCCACAGCUACGUCUCCGAGCGGGCCCGGGAGCUCUUCCAGAUUGACCCCCAGAGUGGCCUCAUCACAGUGAGCGGUGCCAUUGACUAUGAGGAGGGUCACGUCUAUGAGCUGGACGUGCAGGCCAAGGACUUGGGGCCUAACUCCAUCCCUGCCCAUUGCAAAGUGACCAUCAGUGUCCAGGAUGCCAACGACAACCCACCCCUCAUCAACCUCCUCUCUGUCAACAGUGAGCUGGUGGAGGUGAGCGAGAACGCCCCGCCGGGCUAUGUCAUCGCCCUGGUGAGGGUCUCAGACCGUGACUCUGGGGCCAACGGGCGGGUGCAGUGCAAGCUCCUGGGCAACGUGCCUUUCCGGCUCCAGGAGUAUGAGAGCUUCUCCACCAUCCUGGUGGAUGGGAGGCUGGACCGGGAGCAGAGGGACCAGUACAACCUCACCAUCCAGGCCAGGGACAAUGGUGUCCCCUCCCUACAGGCCACUAAGUCUUUCACUGUCAAGAUCACUGAUGAGAAUGACAACCAUCCUCACUUCUCUAAGCCUUAUUACCAGGUCAUCGUGCAGGAGAACAACACUCCAGGGGCCUAUCUCCUCUCAGUCUCAGCCAGGGACCCUGACCUGGGCCUCAAUGGCAGCGUCUCCUACCAGAUUGUGCCCUCUCAAGUCAGGGACAUGCCUGUCUUCACCUACGUCUCCAUCAACCCCAACUCUGGAGAUAUCUAUGCUUUGAGGUCCUUCAAUCAUGAACAGACGAAGGCCUUUGAGUUUAAGGUCUUGGCAAAAGAUGGGGGUAAUCCCUCACUGCAGAGCAAUGCCACUGUCAGGGUGAUCGUCCUGGAUGUCAAUGACAACACUCCUGUGAUCACAGCCCCACCACUGGUCAACGGGACUGCAGAGGUGUACAUCCCCAGGAACGCGGGGGUCGGCUACUUGGUGACGGUGGUCAAGGCAGAUGACUAUGAUGAGGGUGAAAAUGGCAGACUUUCCUAUGAAAUGGUGGAAGGAGACAGAGGAUUUUUUGAGAUAGACCAGGUCAAUGGAGAGAUAAGGACCACCAGAGCCUUUGGGGAGAACGCAAAGACAGCCUACGAGCUGAUUGUGGUGGCUCAUGACCAUGGAAAAACAUCUCUCUCAGCUUCUGCCUUGAUUUUGAUAUACCUGUCUCCAGCCCUGGAUGCCCAAGAGUCCAUAGGAUCUGUUAACCUCUCGCUGAUUUUCAUUAUUGCCCUGGGGUCUAUCGCAGCCAUUCUUUUUGUCACCAUGAUCUUCGUGGCAGUCAAGUGCAAAAGGGAUAACAAGGAAAUCAGGACCUACAACUGCAGAAUUGCAGAAUACUCCUACGGGCAUCAAAAGAAAUCAAGCAAGAAAAAGAAAAUCAGCAAGAAUGAUAUCCGCCUGGUACCGCGGGACGUGGAAGAGACGGAUAAAAUGAACGUUGUGAGCUGCUCCUCUCUGACUUCAUCCCUCAACUACUUCGACUACCACCAGCAGACCCUGCCGCUGGGCUGCCGCCGCUCCGAAAGCACCUUCCUCAACGUGGAGAGCCAGAACAACAGGAACGCCGGCUCCAACCACAUCUACCAUCACACCUUUACGGGGCAGAGCCCCCAGCAGCCCGACCUCAUCAUCAACGGGAUGCCGCUGCCGGAGACUGAAAACUACUCCUUCGAUUCCAACUACGUGAACAGCAGAGCUCAUUUAAUAAAAAGCAGCUCCACGUUCAAGGACUUGGAGGGGAACAGCCUGAAGGACAGCGGCCACGAGGAAAGCGACCAGACGGACAGUGAGCACGACGUGCAGAGGGGCCUCUACUGUGACACGGCCGUCAACGAUGUGCUGAACAGCAGCGUCCCCUCUGUGGGGUCCCAGGGCCCCGAGCAAGAUCAGAGCGAAGGAUUCCAUUGCAGGGAGGAGUGCCGCAUCCUGGGCCACUCGGACAGGUGCUGGAUGCCCCGUGGCGCCGUCCCCAGCCGCGCCAAGUCCCCCGAGCACGGGAGGAAUGUCAUCUCCCUCUCCAUCGAGGCAACAGCGGUGGACACGGAGCCUUAUGCAGACUGCAGCACAAAAAGGACCUUCGCCACCUUUGGCAAGGAGGGCGGCGAGCCCCCUGCCGACGAGCGGCUCGCCAACCCCAAAGGCAAAAGAACGGUGGACCCGGCCGCCGGCAGCCCCAAGGUGAGCGGUGCCGUCCGUGAGGCGGGCAAUGGCUGUGAGGCUGUCAGCCCCGUCACCUCUCCCCUCCACCUGAAGAGCCCUUUGUCCGGCAAACCGGCGGCACCCUACGGUGCCGGGCACUGCGCCGGUAACCGGGAACGGGAGCCCUUUGGGAACAGUGGCCCUUCCCGGCCGAUGGAGGCAGAGCCCCGGGGGGCGGACAGCGAGGGCGGUGGGCAGGAGGGCAACCCGCUCCUGCAGGAACGCCGGGACAAGGACUCACCCGGCGCCCGGAGACUCAAAGACAUCGUCCUCUGAGCAUCACCUGGCAAGAGGAUGAGGAGGAAGAGGAGGAUGAGGGACCGCACGACUCCCAGCGCAGAUUGUUUUUAUCGCUUACCAAUGGUUCACAGAUUGCUGUAUUUAAAAAGCUUUCCCUAAAUGUAUUGUUUAUAAAUGAAGCUAUCAUUAAUGUGACAAUCCCACGUGUCUCGACAGGCGGCAGGGGUGUGCAGCCAGAGCAAAGUAACUGGGGUUUUGCUUUUGCCGGGAGGCGGUGGGUGGCGGGGGUAGAGGCGAGACCCCCCGGUCCUCAGGAGCGCUGGGUAUCCCCUCCUCGGAGUUUACAUAUUUUUAUAUCUCAAAACGAAGAUAAAUUUCCACUCCUGGAAAGAAUGGAAUAGCAAAUUCCUGAUUCGGAUGUCUUCAGUGAUCACCCUGGCCGUUUUGCAGUCUAGACAAAAUCGCGGCCAUUUCUUGUGUGCGACUGUUCCAAAUGACAGUCUGGUGAGUUUUAAUAUUCGCCCAACACGAAGCUGUUUGUAUUUCAAGAUGUUGCUAUUUUGCUAUGGACACCCCUGCAUUUAUGAAUCCUUUUGCUGUCACAUGCUUAUCUGUACUAUUAUUGUAUUUGAUAUUGCAAAUUACUGUAUGUCUAGUGAUGGCAAAAGGCUUUCAAGCUUAAAAAAAGAAAAAUCACAAUCAUCUUACUUAAAACUUGGGGAACCUGCAGUUUUCAGACCUGGUGGAGCAAGCUCUUCUUCCAGCCGCCCCCAUCGCCUGCAGCCUCCCCGGCUCUUGCAGGGCAGCAACAGGGCAUUACGGGAAGAUGUUUUGGGGAAAAUUCUGCCUGGAUUGCAACUGUCAGAUGCACUGUGCUGGAUUUUUUCCCUUGCCUGUUUCAUUUGCAUAAUUUCAAGGCAAUGCAUGGAAAGUUUUUCCGGAAGUUGGUGUUUUGUUGUUUUUGUUUUGUUUUGUUUUUUUCCAGUUCCCAAAUUUAGAUAUCCCCCAUCUCCAAUCAUAUCCAAGUCAAAGCGAUGGAAUUAUUUAAGAGAUCUAAAUUAUCUUCUCAAUUAGACACACACUUCCACAUCAGCAUUCCCCAGUUGUGAUUAUGCCAAGUAUGUGUGUGUUUGUAUUCUAAUUUCUUUCUAUCCCUGCAUCAUACAUAAGUAUGGAAUGAGCAAUAGUGAUGUUAAUUUAGGGGCAGACAGGUGAUAUGUAACAACGCUACUAAUUCAAUUAAUGUGCCUUCUUAAUGGAGAAAAAAUUAAAGCAAUUCAUUAUUUUUUCUCAUAAUUAAGGACUUUUUUGUGUGGGUACAAAUUUACUCAUAUAAAAUUGAUUUUAAAAUUGAGCUACUUUAAUAGCCAUCUUGUAGAAAGGAGAGAGGGAAGGGGUUUCACAGCUUUCUGCUCUCUUGCAGUGAUAAUUCCUCAGUGAGGUAUGAGUAAGGUAGGUGGAUUUCAUUUAGUGUAUUAUUACUAUUAACCCUUCACCAGACAGAUUUUCCUACCCUAAAUAAUGUUUCUUAGAAUUUAAAAGUGAUUAUGGAAGGGAAAAUAUAUAGCUCUUGCCAAUGUUUGCUGUACCAGCAAGUUGAAAUUAGUGGUUUCUAGAGAAAUAGUCUUUCUAGGUCUACAUAUCAUGAUAAAAUAUUUGUUACUUGGAUUUAUUUAAAUUAAAAACGUCAACAAGAAAACAAGCUCCAGUCAUUAUUAACCUCAAAAUAAAAUUAAGCUCCAGCCAUUUGUUUCUUUGGGGCAAAUGGAUCCUGCCUGAAGUUGUAGCCGUUCCGAGACAGGUCCACAGUCAGUCUGUUCCCCCUGCCACUUGCUAGGGCCAGAAAUUGGGAAAGAACCAACAAAAACCAGUUGUCUAAUGAAAUUUGUGACACUUCCCUUGCUGGUGUUGAUGACUACCUCAUUCAGCUCCCAUCCCACACGCUAACGUGAUGUCCUGCAUCCCUCUGGAAAGCAAACCGGGGAUUUUCCCCUCCCUUCUGGAGUUUGUGCCCAUUUUUCAGGGAUAUGUUAUUUCUGUUCUUGCCGUGUUUCCUGCCUGUAUACUGUUACUGCUGUCAUUUAUUUCUGGUGUUGUUUUUGUGGGUUUUUUCUUUUUUUUUUUCCUCCCCCAAAAUGUGUGUACUAUUAUAACAUAAGCAAAGAAGAAAGGGGUUGGCUUGGAGCUGUUGGAGUAACUGGAUUUUCUGUAACUGUUAGGCUGGGUUUAUUCUGAUGUUACCUGGUUUUGCCAGCUCGGGGUUUUAGCUUUUUUUGUUCUGGGGGGGAAGCUUCUCAUGUGUGUUUGCUGAGUGACAGAGCCUGCGAUGCCCCGUCUGUCAGAUCAUCUUGACUUUGCAGGGCAACAGCCCCACGUCACCCCAUCAUCUGCCCCAACUUGUGGCAGGAUGGGACCCAGCUGCCCCCCUUCCCCAUCACAAGGAUGGGGGGUGCGGGUCCUCCCCAGCCCUGGGCACCCCAUCAUCAUCCUCAGCCACACAAAAGCACCAGCCAUUAAUUUCUGCUGAGUGUUGCCCUCUGCCCGCAGAGCUGCCACCACCAGCCCGACGUUUUGGAUGAAAAAUAGAUGCUAACUGAAAAGGAAAAAAGAAACCAAAAAAACAACAAAAAAAGAGAAACAUUUCUCUAAUUUACCCAGAGGAAACAUUCCUUGCCACUCUGAAUAAAAGCGCAGCCGAGAAGGAAUGUGAAAUAAUUCUGUAUUAAAAGGGGGCAUUAAAGAGGUCAGCAAACCCUUAUGCCUGCAAGAAAAUCGUUUAAACACCAGUUUUCUGGGCUGACCCGGGCUGCAACCAGGGAUGCUGAGUGAGGGGCCCGUCCUCGCUGUGCGAGCCGAGGGGAGAGCGGCCCCUGCUCCGCCACCUCCUCCCGCUCCGGAAUAUUCUGCUCCUCCUGUCACUGUCCCUCUGUGUCACUUGAGAUGAGUUCAGGGCUUUUGGGCAAAUUGCAGUCUCUCUUGUUUUUUUUCCUAGUUGCAUCAGAGCAGGCCAUGCAAAAACAUUCAAGGCUGCAGGGUGGGUUGUGGGGAGUUGGAACUAGGGGUUGUUCCAGAUGUCAUUAUUGUGUUUUUUAGUAACUUAAACCUGUCCUCAGAUUUGGUUUAGGAAAAAUCGCUGGGAACUGUUGGUUUCCUCCAGGCAAUUUUGCUCUGCUCCCCUGUUUAUCUGUUUUAUCUAGGGCACAGCAAUCGCCUACGAUUCUCCCCGGAGCAUGACAGGGACCCCUCUGGAGCAGCCCCGAGGCUGGGGACCGGGGUGACGAACCCGUCCGCGCUCCCUGGGGAGCCCCUGGCUUUUCCCACUUUGGGGCCUGCUGGGUUGGGAUGAUGGAGGGGUGAUGGAGGGCUGGGGACAGUGACUGACAGCUGGAAAAAUACCCCCUCAAGCACCAUCCUGCUGAGGCUGUUGCUGUUCCUUGUUUGUUGUGAAGCUGGAGGUGGCCUGUGGAUCACACGUUGUGCAGAAGUGAAUUCCUUUUUUAUUUUUUUCAAGUAGGAAACAAUUUGCUUUUGUAAAGAACACUGUCUGAUGAAUAUGUUGAAAUUAUUCUUGGGGCGGGGGGAAUCUAAUUAUGAACGGAAACACAUUUGUCUGUCAUUGGGGAAAAUUGAUGAUCUUGUUAGUACAGCUGCUUUUGCAGCUCUGGGUAAUCUCUGGUCCAACCUGUGAGUUGCGGUUCCCAUCGAGGAGAAGCCCAGCUGACCCUGCUGCUGAGAUGGAUCCUCUAUCGGCAUCGGCUGAUGUUCAGCUGAUCUAAACUGGGAUAUAACCUUCAAACGCGCCUAACGCAAACUGAUUUCCAGCAGCAUGCACCUCCUUGCAGGGCGACAGGUACAGUCUCGCACCGAACACCGGCACCUUCCCACUGCGGGGAGAGCCGGUGGUGGUGGCACCGUCACGGCUGCCGCGGGCGGGACUGAGCGCGGUACGUCUCGUCAUGGUGUCUCCGUUGCAGAGUAUAUGAAGAAUAAAUUGUUGUAUAUGCUGAUAUGUAUGUUAUGUACAUUUUUCACAGUGAUUGAAUCAUUGUAAACAAUGAAAUGGAAAAAGGAAAAAAAAAAGAAUCACCAUUCUGUCUAUUUUAUGAAGAUGAUAAAGCAGCUUUAUUAAAUUAUUACAAUUCUGUUUCAAAAUGGUGUACCUGGGACAUAGGGUUUUUUUUCAUCUGAUGAAAACUUUGUUUUCCACCUAAAUGUGAUUUUUUUUUUCUUUUCUCUGCUUUGAGCAUCUAAUGCAUUUUAGUAUUAAAGCAAUUAUUGAAUAAAAUGGAAAGUAAGUGUUUGGUUAAA